AUGACCGAUUUAUACGAAUUGUCACAAACAAAGGACAAAGAAUUUAAAAGGUUUGAUAAUGGUUUCCAUAAUGAUACUACUAUUCAGCCAGGAUAUUUUGAAACUAUUGGGGAAUUUUUAAGAAAAGAAAAUUUGUUGGACGAUGAAGGCAAGGAAUGG